AUGUCGUCAAGAAAGAAGAAUAUCCUUAAAGUCAUCAUAUUAGGUGAUUCGGGUGUCGGUAAGACAUCAUUAAUGCAUAGAUAUGUCAAUGAUAAAUACUCUCAACAAUAUAAAGCUACCAUUGGAGCUGAUUUCCUUACGAAAGAGGUCACAAUAGAUGAUGAUAAGAUUGCUACUAUGCAAGUAUGGGAUACUGCGGGUCAAGAAAGAUUCCAAUCAUUAGGUGUAGCAUUUUACAGAGGUGCAGAUUGUUGCGUCCUUGUAUACGAUGUUACCAAUGCUAAGUCUUUUGAAAAUAUCAAAUCUUGGAGGGAUGAGUUUUUAAUCCACGCAAACAUUUCCACUCCAGAAACUUUCCCCUUUGUUAUCUUAGGGAAUAAGAUUGAUGUAGAGGAAUCGAAAAAAAUUGUUAGUUCUAACUCUGCUACUGAAUUAGCAAAGAGUUUAGGUGAUAUUCCUUUGUUUUUCACUAGUGCUAAGGAUUCGAUAAAUAUUGAAAACGCCUUUGAAGAAAUUGCCCGUAGUGCUUUACAACAAAAUCAAAAUGAUGUUGACGCAUUUGAUGAAGAUUUUAAUGAUGCUAUAAAUAUUCGAUUGGAUGGUGAGCCCAAUUCCUGUAGCUGUUAG